AGAGAGAGAGAGAAAGAGAAAGAGCAAGAGAGAGAGAGAGAGAGAGAGACAGAGAGAGAGAGAGAGAAAUUGAUUAACAGGACAGGUCUGUUUAUGGAGAAAAUUAAUAUUGUAUAAUAAAUCAACACUGAUUUAACUUUUUCUCUUCAGAGAAAAUGAAAAAAAGAAAAAAAAAACAAAACAAAAAAAUCAUAAUGUGAUGUCAUGCAAAUGCUUGGAGCACGUCAAGCUGUCAAUGUCAUAUAAAAAGCCCAGAGAGCUCAGUGGAGCAGAAGCAGCUUCUACCAGAUCAAAAGCCAAAGUGAGUUCAAAAUACAUCACGGUUUGUCUCGUGGACUGUUACUUACAGUGAGACCACCUGUAAGCCCACCUGUAUCUGUUCACUUUAGGACGAUAAUAAAAAUGCUGCACUCAACUGCAAUGAUGCGUCUCUUCAUCCUCCUCAUCCUCGCUGUACACACAGCUCCAGCGACUCCAGAGCAAAACAACAGAGAAAAUCGCCAAGAAAUGAUCACUAUGAAUUUAUAUCUCAACUCCAUUGAUGAUGAAUUUAUGGGAUGCAAACAACAAAUGUAUUGUUGGGUCACUAAGCAGUUACUGGAUACAGAGUUGAGCCUCAAUGAGAAUUUCAGGGAUGAAUGGAAUGCUGCCAAACAAUACUUUCAUUUAGAAAAUACGAAAAACUCUCAUUUAACAGUGGAGCAACUGAGAAGGAUAGCCCUUCGAGCGUACACCGGAAACAAAAUUUACAGUGAACUUAAUAAUAAAAUGCGUGAGGGUAGAGGGACCUACAUGACCGAGUUUGGGUUGAUCUCUUUACACUUUCUGAUAACAGAUGGUAUCCAAACUCGCAAUGCUGAACAAUGUCCUCAGUACAAGUGCCAAACCACUUACCGCCGCUCCAAAACUGAGAUCGACAUAACGGACACCUUAGUGCGAUUUGGUAGUUUUGCUUCUUCUUCACUCAAGGCUACACUGAGACACUUUGGAAACAAGACCUGUUUUAUCAUCACUACAUGCUACGGUGUAGAUGUAUCAGACAUAUCCAUGGGAGGCUGAAGUGCUGAUACCCCCUUAUGAAGUGUUUAUAAAAGAAUCUGACACAAAUCGUCCUGCAGAAUUAAAUGACUGUACACAUGUUUACAAACUGAGCAGUGUAGGUAGGAUUAGCAUCAUGAAAUGUGAAUAUGUUAAUGAGGUUAAUACAGGCUGAUUUGCUUUGACUGUCCGAUGAUUUAUGUCAUGAAACAAUCAUUAGAUAUGAAAAUGUGAAAGAUGAAGACCAGCACACAAAAUGAACUGUAAUUCUUGCUCCUUUCUGGACUGUCAUGUGUAACUUCUAAAAAUAUGAAUAAAAAGACUGCAGCGUGACUGAUACCAUCUUGUGUGAUUAUAUUUGCCCUUUACCAUCUAAAGUUUUUAUUUUUUUAAGAUAAAUGUCAUUAUAGUUCAAAACGUUUGCUGUUGUAGGAAGCAGAAUUGA